AUGAGAGGGACUGUGAGAGACUAUGAGAGGGACUGUGUGUUCGAUUAUGUUGGAGACUUUAAGAGAGACUAUAAGAGAGACUGCGAGAGAGACUAUAAGAGAGACUACGAGAGAGACUACAAGAGAGACUAUAAGAGAGACUACGAGAGAGACUAUGAGGGAGACUACUUGUCAAGACUGGGAGCCCCCGUUGUGAGAGCGGCUCCACAGUCCCAGCAGCCCUACACUGUCCCAGCAGCCCUUCACUGUCUCAGCAGCCCUCCGCUGUCUCAGCAGCCCUCCAUUGUCCCAGCAGCCCUCCACUGUCCCAGCAGUCCUCCACUGUCCCAGCAGCCCUCCACUGUCUCAGCAGCCCUCCACUGUCUCAGAAGCCCUCCACUGUCACAGCAGCCCUCCACUGUCCCAGCAGCCCUACACUGUCCCAGCAGCCCUACACUGUCCCAGCAGCCCUACACUGUCCCAGCAGCCCUACACUGUCCCAGCAGCCCUCCACUGUCUCAGCAGCCCUCCGCUGUCUCAGAAGCCCUCCGCUAUCCCAGCAGCCCUACACUGUCCCAGCAGUCCUCCACUGUCCCAGCAGCCCUCCACUGUCCCAGCAGCCCUCCACUGUCUCAGAAGCCCUCCGCUAUCCCAGCAGCCCUCCACUGUCCCAGCAGCCCUCCGCUGUCCCAGCAGCCCUCCACUGUCUCAGAAGCCCUCCACUAUCCCAGCAGCCCUACACUGUCCCAGCAGUCCUCCACUGUCCCAGCAGCCCUCCACUGUCCCAGCAGCCCUCCACUGUCUCAGCAGCUCUUCACUGUCUCAGAAGCCCUCCACUGUCCCAGCAGCCCUCCACUGUCCCAGCAGCCCUCCACUGUCCCAGCAGCCCUCCACUGUCUCAGCAGCCCUCCACUGUCCCAGAAGCCCUCCACUGUCCCAGCAGUCCUCCGUGCAGCCAGCGAGUCUGACGGGACGCCCCGGCAGGACAGGGGAGAGCCACGUCAACCUUUCCCUCCAUCCAUUUCUGAUACUGACAGUGCAUUCUGGUCGUGUCCCCUGCUGAACCCCACGGUACCCCUUAAACAUGCCAACAGUCACGUGAAGCCCUGCUGGUGUCUCAUGUCCCUGUGUCUGCCUGUUGUUUCAGGAAGUGUAAACCGACCAGUGCCGGUCCCUGCCUUCCUGAGGAGCCCUGCCGUCCUCCCUCCCCCCCUGGACAUGAAGCCCUUCCUCCAGUUCCCCCUGGAAACACCUCACCAUGCCGGCAUCGGCCUCUUCCCCAGCUUCAGCACCAUGGACCCUGUCCAGAAGGCUGUCAUGAGCCACACGUUUGGACCUCCGGUGGUGAAGACAAAGCGGCCAAUCAUUUCCUGCAACGUUUGUCAAAUACGCUUCAACUCAGAGAGUCAGGCUGAGGCACACUAUAAGGGGAACCGCCAUGCACGGAGGGUGAAGGGGAUCGAGACAUCCAAGACAACUCGCCCCCAGGAGGGCGACAAGCAACACUCUCCCCUUACCGCCUCACCCAUGCCGUCCGGCCCCUCGCCGUCUGGCCCCUUGCCGUCUGGCCCCACGCCGUCCGGCCCCUCGAUGUCUGGCCCCUUGCCGUCCAGUCCUGAGCCCGACACCAGCAAAAAGGAUGACGCCCAAUUCCGCCCCAACUCUAACGGGUCAACGGGCCUCCCCCCACUCGUCCUCAGCUCGGCAGACACGGAGUAUCCUCUCCUCCCACCUCUGAGCGCACCUUUGGCCCCCUCCCCCUCUUCCCCGACCCCUUCCCCUUCCACCGGCCUCGGCGUCCUGCCUGGGGAUGCGCCAGUGGCAGUGCCCCCUGACGCAGCGUCCCCAGCACCCAGCCCUUCAUCAGCAGACUCCGAAGAGGAGAAAGCCAAGAAGCUGCUCUACUGCUCCUUGUGCAAAGUAGCCGUCAACUCCCUCUCCCAGCUGGAGGCGCACAACAAAGGUACCAAACACAAAACUAUCAUGGAGGCUCGGAGCGGGCUGGGUCCUAUCAAGGCAUACCCAAGGCUGGGUCCAAAACCCAGCUCAGAGCCGGGAGGUGGGCAGUCCUUUGACCCCAACUCUCAGGAACGCACCUUCCACUGUGAGAUCUGCAACGUGAGGGUCAACUCAGAGCUCCAGCUUAAACAGCAUAUAUCCAGCCGGAGGCAUCGAGAUGGAGUUGCCGGAAAACCCAAUCCUCUUCUCAGUCGGCACAAGAAGCGAACGGAUUUCCUGGACCUCCCAAAAUCUUUGGGGCCUGGACUCUUACCAAACCCCCUGGCCGUUGCAGCAGCAAUGGCGGCCGCAGUGUCCUCCAAUCAGCUUGCACUCCGUCCAGCGGGCCCGACCUCUCACCCCCACCCUCACCCGCACCCGCACUCCCACCUCCUCCAGGGCACACCUCUCAGCCUGUUAAGGCCCGCCCCCGGGCCCAUUCGUACCACACACGGGCCAAUCCUUUUCACCCCGUACUGA